ACCAAGGGUUGUUUUAUUUUUAUUGCGCUCGGGCGCAUGCGUCCGCAACCGAGACGCGCCCUAUGGAUUUACUUUACACAGCCCAGCCGGAUCGGGCCAGACAGAGACUGCACAAGCGAGCACCUGUUACACACACAUCCGCAGCGGAAUCGAGUCGACGACGGUCCGAAUAAAAUCCACCCAGAGAGAACAAACGCCGAUUCGAAACCGAACGCACGCCAUCCGCCAUCCAGUUAACCGGCCAGUGUUUGUGCAUACGCGAUCGAAAUGUCCGAGGAAGAGGUCAUGACCAACGGCGCCGCCGAAGAACAAAAGCCCGACAACAACGCCGCCGAGGAGGCCAACAAAGAGAUUAAGGAGAACGGCACGGGGGAGGCCGAACCUGUUGCCGAAAACGACAAGGAGGCGGCCAAGGAGAUGCGAGCCGUCGUUUUGACCGGCUUCGGGGGCCUCAAGUCCGUCAAGAUACUCAAGAAGCCGGAGCCGGCCGUCAACGAGGGCGAGGUGCUCAUCAGGGUGAAAGCAUGCGGUCUAAAUUUCCAAGAUUUGAUGGUGCGCCAGGGCGCCAUCGAUUCGCCCCCGAAAUGCCCCUUCAUAUUGGGCUUCGAAUGCGCCGGCGAAAUUGAACAAAUCGGCGAGGGCGUCGAAAAUCUCGCCAUUGGAGACCAAGUGGUGGCCUUACCGGAAUACAGGGCGUGGGCCGAACUAGUGGCUGUCCCGGCGAAAUACGUGUACAAACUGCCCAAGGACGUGUCCCAUCUGGACGCCGUCACCAUCACGAUGAAUUACACCGUUGCUUACAUUUUGCUCUUCGAAAUGUCAGGAUUAACUCAGGGAAAAUCGUUGUUGGUCCAUUCAGUCGGCGGGGGUGUGGGUCAAGCGAUCGUCCAAUUGGCCAAGACAGUUCCGAACGUGACGGUAUUCGGCGUGUGCUCCAAAGGCAAGCACGAAGCCCUGAAGGCCGCCGAAGCGCCCAUCGAUCACCUCUUCGAAAGGGGCUCCGACUACGUCAGCGAGAUCCGCAAGGUGUCGCCCGAAGGAGUGGACAUCGUGCUCGACUGCCUCUGCGGCGAGGAGUGCAACAAGGGCUACCACUUGCUCAAGCCGAUGGGGAAGUACAUCCUCUACGGAUCAUCCAACGUGGUAACCGGCGAGACCAAGAGCUUCUUCAGCGCCGCCAGAUCGUGGUGGCAAGUUGAUAAGAUCUCCCCGUUGAAGCUGUUCGACGAGAACCGCACCCUGUGCGGCUUCAAUCUCAGGCGUUUGAUGUACCAGCAAAACGGCGCCGAGCACGUCCGGCUCGCCGUCGAAAAGGUCCUCCAGCUGUUCCAAGAGAAGAAAGUCAAGCCGCUGCUCGAUUCCACUUGGGCUCUUGAAGACGUGGCCGAAGCUAUGCAGAAGAUGCACGAUCGCAAGAACGUCGGCAAAGUCAUCCUGGAUCCCAGCUUAGAGCCGAAACCGAAGCCGGCGACUCCGGCCAAGGGGAAGAACAAGGAGGACAAGAAGAAACAGUUGUCCGAGGAGAAGAAAGACGCCGAGGAGAAGAAAGAGGAGAACGCUAAGGACGCCAAGGAGGAUAAGAAGGAGGAUAAGAAGGGCGAUAAGAAAGAACCGGUGGCUAAUGGAGAUUCGGCGGAUGAACCUGAAUCAAAGAAGGAGCCUUCGAGUUGAAUUCUCUCGUCGUAAAAACGGAGCUAACUUUAAAAAAAUAAAAAAAAAAUCAAAUAUAUGCUUACAUUUUUAACGAUUUUUUAUCUGUAGGUUUAAUUAUUAUUUUUAACAUAAGAGACGGACAAAAUGGAUCUCGAGCGGUUUUGUUGUAACACAAGCGCAUAUUUUAUUUUGAUAUCAUUGUAACUAAGUCUGAGACCAAUUUUUUGAAGAAGUAAUUAUUUUUAUAACUAACUUAUAUACAAAGGUGCUCAUUUUUCCAGUAGUAUUCGAGACGAAACAUCGAUCCAGUUUUUAUUCGAGACAUAUCUGUCUAGAGAAUCAAAGGGAACUUUUAUAUGAAAUAUAAGCCGGGGUGUCGAUGUCCGUUUGGAAUCGGAAACCGAUUUACAUCGAUUAGUUUAUCCAGUAGCGAACGCAACAACUUUUUUGAUAGUUUUCCGGUUUUUGGGACACCGGCGCCCCGCGUGCCCGUAGCAUUUUUGUAAAAUUAUACUCUACUUUUCCGUGCGUAGUUUCAAGAUGAAAGGACAAAUAAAAUUAUUGUAAAAAAAACGUUAGUCUUGUCCGUUAUUUUUGCUAAAAAGCUGUUAUUGACAUUUUUAUGCAUAUCAAAACCAUCAGCAAAUCUCCAGAUAGUUGUUUUAUUUGUAAAUUUUAGUAGUGAAAAGAGCGGUUGCUUAUGAGAUUAUUUUAAAAAAUAUUGUCCAAUUUGUAUUCACCUUUUUUUAUAAAUGUGUUGGAAAAAUGUUUCUCUUAUAUUUUUAUGUUAAGUCUUAAUUCGAUUGGCGACGAUUCGGAUCCGAUCGGAUGCGCAUCGACGCCGAUCGAAGAUCGUACCAUUUACGAGUGUGUUAAUAUGCUAAGAAAAUGCUUAAAUAUUUAUGUAAAUGUAAGACUGAUGUGUUAUCGCUAAAGCUAUUGUUUAGAUGGCCAUAAAAUAAAAUUGUAUAAAUGCCUU